AAUAGUUUUUAGGUUAUGUAUUCUUAAUACAAAAUUAUCAAAAACUAUCUGUCAAACAACAGGAAUAAAGGAACAAAAAGAUAUAUCUUUUUCAUGUAAUUUCAUAAAAAUUACUAAUGGCUGCAAUCGAUAAAGUUAAGAUUAUUGUUGUUGGUGAUUCUGGUGUUGGAAAAACAUCAUUAACACAUUUAAUAUGUCAACAACAACCUAUUAGGAAUCCUUCAUGGACUAUAGGUUGCUCAGUGGAAGUUAAAUUACAUGAAUAUAAAGAAGGAACCCCUAAUCAGAGGAGAUAUUUUAUUGAAUUAUGGGAUGUUGGAGGAAGUCAAAAUCAUAAAAAUACAAGAUCUGUUUUUUAUAACCCUACAAAUGGUAUCAUAUUAGUCCAUGAUUUAACAAACAGAAAAUCACAACAAAAUCUUCAAAAGUGGCUUGAAGAAGUUUUAAGCAAAGAUAGUAAUUAUAUGAAAUCAAAGCCAUUUGAUGAUUUUGAUCCUGAAAAAUUUGUAGGAUCUACGCAGAUACCAAUUUUAGUUAUUGGUACUAAAUUAGAUUUAAUUGCUGAAGUCAGAUCAAGUAUACAUAGACGUUCUUCAACUAUUGCAGAGGAAUGUGGUGCUGAUGAAAUAUUUUUGGAUUGUCAUCAAGUGAGAUCACUAGCUGCUGGUUCUAGCUCUUCUGUCAAAUUGAGUAGAUUUUUUGAUAAAGUCAUUGAAAGACGAUAUUAUUCAUUAAAAGAAGGAAUCAGUCCUGACAAACGAAGACUGCCAAUGAGUAGUGUUCCUUAUAGUUCUAAAAUUUAUCAUAAUGAUUGAAAUUCAGAGAAAAUCCAUUGUAUCUAUUUUUAUCAUUAAUAGAAUUUUUGUUCCUAAAUUUCUUAUACUACAUUCCUAAUUUGUAUGAGAUAUAUAUUUGUUGUUAUUGAAAUAUAUAUCUAAACUAUUAAAAUAAAAUAUUACAAAUAAUUAUUUA